UAUUAAGUAUUAACCGUUCUUUCGCAUUUAGCAGGGCAGAAGGAAUUGAUAAUGUCUUCUUCAAGGAUGAUUGUGUUGAAGAGUUCAGACGGGGAGAUGUUUGAGGUGGAAGAGAAGGUCGCACUUGAAAUGCACACGAUCAAGUGCAUGAUUGAUGAUGAUUGCGUCGAAACUACUAUUCCCAUCACCAACAUUUCUGGCAAGAUUUUGGCUAUGGUUAUAGAGUAUUGCAAACGCCAUGAACCCGCAGUAAAGACCAAGACCAGCCCCGAAGCCGCAACCAGCAAGGAGAUCAGCCCCGAAGCCGCAACCAUCAAGGAGACCGAGGAGAUCAGCCCCGAAGCCGCAACCAUCAAGGAGACCAAGGACUUCGACGCUAAUUUCGUUAAAGUUGACCAGAAAACACUGUUUGAUCUCAUCAUGGCUGCUAAUUUCCUCGACAUUAAGAGCUUGCUUGAUCUUACUUGUCAAGCUGUUGCAAAUAUGAUCGAGAAUCUGUCACCGGAGGAGGUCCGCGCAACUUUCAACAUUCAGAAUGACUUUACACCUGAGGAAGAAGAAGCAAUUCGUAAGGAGAAUGCUUGGGCUUUUGAGUAAAAUUUUGAAAUUGUUAAAUUCAUAUAUAUUUUGUCCGGUUCUAGGUUUAACUUAAUACUCUAUCUAUAGUGCUGUUGCAUAGUUUCUUAAAGAAGUAUGUCAUUGUCUGACAUCCUAAGUCCAGCAAAUGAGGAGAUUAAUAAAUUGAUUGAUUAGGAUUCUUCUACUUAAUGUUUCUUAUUACUCCAUCCUAAAACUACAACUUCUCUUUA